AUGCGGAUUCCCAUUGCCGUGCAGCUAGGGCUGCUCGUCUUAUUGACUGCCCUGAUCGGUCUGGCGACCCUGUCCAUUGCAACAUGGAUUAACAACUAUAAUCUCGUGGUGCAUGUCACAUCGCAGGGCCUUCAACUUGUCGCGACCAUCAAGUCCAGUCAAAUUGCAUCCAAUCUAGAGAUUUUGCAAACAACCUGUGCAAAUAUCAAUACCAGAGUUCUUGUUCAGAGUGCGCUCCAGCGUUAUUAUGCCGGAAACUAUACCUCGGACAAUUGGGUGUCCUCUUUCGCAAGUGUACAAUCGGCCUUGGGGGCGGGCGGGUAUCUCAGUCUUUAUCAGGCUAGUGUUUAUGCAAAAUUGGGACACGCGGGCGUUCGAGUCCUCAAUGUGAGCGCCAGCAAUAUCCCUGACAUCGAGCUUCCCUAUCGCUAUCCCGAUGGCACCGCUGUCAUGCUUGGGGAUGAUGGUCUAGGCUAUCCACCGUCGCUUUUUCCUAAUUUGACCUUUCGAGGUGAGAAUAGGGGUGAGGUUUAUGCGUUCGAGGAUGUGACAGUGAGCUCAAGUGCCCCCUUACUACUGGGGCCACUUACACUGAACUCUUCCUUCUCCCUUGUCUCCUUGACGUUGCCAAUCAUCAACAAUACGUCGUCUACGGAUGUUCUGGGAUAUAUGACCGUGGUAGCCAGCGCAGCUUAUAUCCAGUCGGCGCUCAGCUCUCGCCAAGGCCUUGGAAAUACUGGUCAAGUACUCCUUCUUGGUCCCACGCGCAUAGACAAUCGAUUCGCCCCUGGAUCUGGACCAGCUACAGCCAAUACUGCAUCAAAUACGACCGCCCUCGGCGCUACAAAAGUUCACUAUGUAUUCCAACCUACGACGCUGUAUAACCAAGCGAGCAGACACAAUGCUUCCGUCUCUGCUGGAGCAUCAUUCACGUUGGACCAAUACCCAGCAGCAUUGGAGGCCCUGAGUAGACCGUACGCAUCCAUAAAUCGAUCGGUCAGUAAUUUGUCAACUAAAAAUGAAGAAGGGGUUAAUGUUGCGGUAGGAGUGAUUCAGCAGCGGAGCGAGCUAGUUGAAUGGGUUUUGAUCAUCGAGGAGACCCAUACGGAAGCGUUUGCGGCAGUAACCUAUCUGCGCAAGAUCAUUUUGGCAUGUGUUUUCGCAACUAUCGGAUUUAUCGCUGUAAUGAUACUGCCACUUACCCACCUCGCCGUCGGGCCUAUUCGAAGACUCAGGGAAGCUACCAGGAAAUCCAUCCACUCGGCCACGGAUCUUUCACCUAGUCCUUCCUUGGCAGCUGUCCCUGACCCCAUGGAUCAAGCUGCUCUGAACGAGAAGGUCGGUGUAUUUACCUGGGCCCGAUGGCUACGACGGAGGGGAAACGAAUCUGCCAAAAGUCGCAGCACUGAGAGCAACAUGGAGCCCCGGCAGUUCCAAAUCCCAAGCCGGGUCAAGGAACGCGAACACUGGGUUACUGAUGAGCUGACAGAGCUUACGAGUACCUUCAAUGAAAUGUCCGACGAACUCUUAAUCCAGUAUAAUCGGUUGGAAGAGCGGGUGGCUGAGCGCACCCGCGAACUAGAGAAGGCGAAGAUAGCUGCAGAAACAGCAAACGAAAGCAAAACCCUGUUCAUCGCCAACAUUUCUCAUGAGCUCAAGACCCCGUUGAACGGUAUUCUUGGCAUGUGUGCCGUGUGCAUGGGGGAAGAUGACCUCCCGCGCAUCAAGAAAUCACUGCAGACCGUCUAUAAAUCAGGCGAUCUCCUACUCCAUCUACUAAACGACUUGUUGACAUUUAGCAGAAAUCAAAUUGACCAGGCGAUUAGACUUGAAGAGAGGGAGUUUCAGCUGUAUGAUAUUAAAUCACAACUUGCAGUGAUCUUUCAGAACCAAGUGCAAGAAAAGCAGAUCUCUUUCAGUAUUACCUUUUGUGGCCCUGAGAUGUGGCCCCGCAUUGCUAACAGAGGCGAGAAGGAAGGGCUGCCCCAGAACUGCGGCUCAGCAGUCGGCCCCCCAGGAACAGGACGCCUGAAGGACAUGGUUCUGUGGGGCGAUCAACACCGAAUUUUACAGAUUCUCAUCAAUUUAGUCAGCAAUAGUCUGAAGUUUACCCCAGAAAACGGCACCGUCGAAAUACGUAUCAAGUGCCUUGGCGAGGAUACUCCGCGGUCGAUCAGCCCAAGGCCUCCAGCACAUGAGUCGAGACGACUUGCACCGUGGAGAUCUCGCGGCUCUUCCUAUGCAUCCUCAUUACCAAGAAGCUCUUUUGAUCGUACAGGAGAUAGUCUGGAGGACAGGCCAGACCCAGCACCGCCGGCUCACAUACGCACUCUUGCUUUCCAAUUCGAAGUCGAGGAUACUGGGCCGGGGAUCCCACGUCAUUUGCAGCAGCGAGUCUUUGAGCCUUUUGUGCAAGGUGAUCUACGGCUGAACCGUAAAUAUGGAGGAACCGGUCUUGGGUUGAGUAUUUGCACUCAGCUCUCCCGACUCAUGGGGGGAUCAAUUCUCCUGGAAAGCGAGCCCGGCAAAGGCACGCUGUUCUCUGUCAGAAUCCCGCUAGGGUUUGUCAAAGAGUCAGCUCCCAGUACUAGCAGCUCUAGCAUGGUCGAAUCUCGCACAUCUAGUGUUUUCUCCCUGGAUGAAUUGGCAACGCUUGCUCGGCCACCGUCCAACAAUAGCGCUUCUGCGCCGAAUGAGCAGUCCACCAGCGACUCUGAAAAGCAAGAUAGCCAACCUCGUCUGGUUGGACUCAGCCAGCCAUUCUUCGCGCCCCCCGUUCACCCUGAGAAGAGUGAUGAGCCGAAAAAGGUCCGAGCUUUAGUGGCGGAAGAUAAUGUCGUGAAUCAAGAAGUUGUUCUUCGGAUGCUUGCUCUGGAAGAGGUGUACGAUGUGACGGUGGUGAAGGACGGGCAAGAAGCAUAUGACACGGUAAAAGCGAACAUGGAGGAGGGCAAGGUAUUUGACCUGAUUUUCAUGGACAUUCAAAUGCCUAAUCUCGACGGCAUCCAAAGUACCCGCCUCAUUCGACAGAUGGGUUACUCCGCACCGAUCGUGGCUCUGAGUGCGUUUUCCGAAGAUAGUAAUAUAAAGGACUGCAUGAACUCGGGAAUGGAUAUGUUUAUUAGUAAACCGAUUCGACGCCCUGCAUUGAAACAAGUGCUGCGGAAAUACACCACGAUCCCGGAGGAACUUGAAAAGGCAGCCGAUACGUGA